GCAGGAGCCCCACUACCCACAGCAGGGCCUUUCUUGUGACCAGGGUAAAUAUUACCUGGCACUGUUAAUGUUUAAUGUCCCCCCCAUCCCUGGCCACCCCACAGCCAGGCACUCUCCCCGAAGCAGAGGCCGCGGGAAGAGGGCAGUGGGACGUGCCCGUCUGAGGGGGGACAUGGCAGGAUUGUCGACAGAUGACGGUGGCAGCCCCAAGGAGGACGUGGACCCAUUCUCCUAUGACUAUGAGACUGUCCGCAACGGGGGCCUGAUCUUCGCUGCCCUGGCCUUCAUCGUGGGGCUUAUCAUCAUCCUCAGCAGACGAUUCCGCUGCGGGGGCAGGAAGAAGCACCGGCAAGUUCACGAAGAUGAGCUGUAAUGAGAGAGCCAGUCGUGUCCACCAUUGCACCGGGGCCGCUUGGGAAGCCCUCCCUGAGCUAUAGGUCUUUGUACCCGGGACUGCCAGGCCCUCGGGCUGAAGGAAGCCCUGGGCUCCGCAUGACCCCUGGGUGGGCAUCGCCUCCUCCCACCCCGUGCUGAUAAUAAAGCCGGCCUCAGAGAUGGCUCCUUCCCUGGC